CACACAACUUAUUAAACUCUAUAAAUCCAAUUCAGUCUCAUCCCUGAGGUACAAAGUCCUCAUUUAUCCAUCUGUAGCAAGAUGAGAAACGUUAAUAUCUUUCUCUUUUUAGUUUCAGUUUUGCUUAUAGUUUUGUUGCCACAAGAAGCCAAUGGUGAAGUGACUGGAGGAACCAAAAGAUUGAUCGAUAAGGUUAAUCGAAAGGGGCCAUAUAUAGGCAUUGUGAUCCCUAACCUAUUUGAAAUGAAUCCUCUUCUCAAUUAUCCCGAAUACAAGUCUAGUAAACUCGUCAUCGAUGUUGGAGGAAGGAGAUUUCGGUUUGGAUCAAUUGGUGAAAAACAAGUCGUUUUGGUUAUGACCGGUUUAGGCAUGCUUAAUGCAGGAGUUACAACACAAUUAUUGUUGAGUUUGUUUGACAUAGAAGGAGUUGUACAUUAUGGAAUUGCUGGAAAUGCAAACCCUUCACUUAAUAUUGGAGAUGUUGCCAUUCCUCAAUAUUGGUCUCAUUCUGCUCUUUGGAGUUGGCAGAGAUAUGGAAAUGGUCCAGAUGACACAUUACCCCUUGAAGACAGUGGAGACUACACACGAGAUAUCGGUUAUCUAAACAUUGCAAAUUAUUCAACCGAUUUAGAAUCUGAUAACUUAUUGAACAACAUUUGGUAUCAACCGGAGGAAAUUUUUCCGGUUGAUGGAACACCGGAGGAGAGACAACACGCAUUUUGGGUACCUGUUGACUCUAGUUAUUUCACUCUAGCUAAAACUCUAGAGUCGUUGACAUUAGAAGGAUGCUUGAACACAACAACAUGCUUAUCUACCCCACCAAAGGUUACUACGGUAGAACGAGGAACAAGUGCUAGCAUAUACCUAGACAACGCCGCCUAUAGAACCUUCAUCUAUGACAAGUUCAACAUUAGCCCCGUGGAGAUGGAAAGUGCCGCGGUGGCUCUCAUUUCAUACCAACAAAGGGUGCCAUUCAUUGUGAUUAGAGCACUUUCUGACUUAGCGGGUGGCGGUGAACACUCCAAUGAGGCGGAUACAUUCAUCACCCUUGCCGCUAACAAUUCUGUCAAAGCUGCGGCGGAGUUUAUCAAGUUGAUCCCGUCUACUAAGAAAGAUGUUUCGUUUGCUAGCAUUUAGUGCUUUUGAAUCUAAUUAUGAUAUUGUAAUAAGUUACACCGUUUGAACAUGGUGUAGUUGGUCUUUUGUAAAGCUAGAAUAAAAGCUCAAGGUACUUUGAUAAUUAUUUC